GUUGGAGAAAGUACUAGAAUUGCGCACAGCAACCCUACGAGACGACGGCCAUUUUUGUUCACGUCAUUGACGAGCCACCAAAAAAUAUUUUCGUCUGUGUUUGGGCGAGGAUCAUUUGCUGCAAUUACCGUGUUAAAUAUUCGCAAAAAUUAACAAAAAUUACGAAAAUUAGUACCGGGAUUUCCAAUUAACUUAUGUAUAAAUAGGAAUAUUUAAAAAAAUUGUAAAAAAUGUUAAAUGAAAAACGCGGUUUUUCUUAGCGAAAAGUGUGAAAAAAACGGCGGAGAAAAAUUUUUACAUCAGCAAAAGAGACGAAAGGAAAAUUUUGUGUGUACCAACGAAACAGCGACGAAAGCGUAACAUAGGAGAACGGAUAAACACGGCGAGGAGUGAGUGCGAGAGAGUACACGUUAUUUGUUGGUCCCCAAACUGCGGUGGGAAAGGGAGAGAGAGUUUUGUGUUUGCAUUUAUUGAACAUUAUAAGGAAAGGGUUUUCACAAUAUUAUAAUUGGAGGUGGCUCUAUAAACCAAGUGGAAAUGAUGGAAAGUUUGGAGGAAACCCAUAUAGGCACUUCACAUGGCGAUAAACAUGAUUUGCAUGAUGUAAAAAUACACCAAACAUGUUUGUCGGCCAAUUGCAACACACUCAUGGCCAGUAAACAGAGUUUUGAUUUUGGCGCCGAAAUAGUUGAUACACGAACAGUAGUAUCAGAACGCGAAAGCAAUAUAAAAACAAACUGCGAAAGUAUAGCAACAACUGCAACAGUGGCGGUAGCAGCAACUACCUCGCCUAAUCAAAUUCCAGAAGCAAAUAUCGAAACACCUUUGAAUGUUGUCGAAUUGCCAACAAAAGAUAGUUGUUUAAAUGAAGAAGACGAUGACGAAGAUGAUGAUGGCGAUGAUGACGGUGGUGACAGUUAUCAAACAGAUGAUGAUUUGGUGGAGGAAGGAAACGAGGAGUCCCAAGAGUUUAGUGGAAAUACAAAUAAUGAUGCAUCACAGGAUAGUGAUGACUCCACAUCUGAUUCGGAUUUUUCUGAUUUGAGUGGCCUAUCGGACAUGUCUGGCCGUGAAUGGAAACCAAUAAGCGCACGCCCCAUCAAUUGGGUACAAAAACAAAUACAUGCUGGCGCUAAUCCGCGCGAUUUACUUUCACAAAUGUUGCCUUCCAAUGCACAUCCAAUUGCACCUGGUGUAAACGACAUGAUGUUGUGGCGUAUAUUGGCUAGUAUGCUAUCCGAACCACCGCGCCGUCAAAAACUACGUUAUAUUAACACUUUCGAAGACGUCAUACAGUUGAUACAACAAUCGAGAAAUAUUAUUGUUUUGACCGGUGCGGGUGUAUCUGUAUCUUGUGGUAUACCAGACUUUCGUUCUAGCGAUGGUAUCUAUAGUCGUUUGGCAAAAGAUUUUCCCAAUUUGCCUGAUCCGCAAGCUAUGUUUGAUAUCAACUACUUUUCACGUGAUCCACGUCCAUUCUUCAAAUUUGCACGCGAAAUAUAUCCCGGGCAAUUUAAACCUUCGCCUUGCCAUCGUUUCAUCAAACUACUCGAAGGGAAACAGAAACUCUUGCGGAAUUAUACACAAAACAUCGAUACGUUGGAACAAGUAGCGGGCAUCAAAAAUGUUAUUGAGUGCCAUGGUUCGUUCUCGACGGCUUCCUGCACCAAAUGCAAAGUUAAGUGCACAGCAGAUGCCAUACGUGAAGAUAUUUUCUCACAACGUAUACCGGUGUGCAGACGUUGCCAGCCGAAUGUGCAUCAGAGUGUGAACGCUUCUGAUGCGGUAUCUGAUGCCGACUUGAGACAACUGGUGGAGAAUGGCAUCAUGAAGCCAGAUAUUGUUUUCUUUGGCGAAGGUCUUCCAGAGGAGUUUCACACUGUCAUGGCGAGUGACAAAGAUAAAUGUGACCUGUUAAUUGUUAUAGGUUCUUCGCUUAAAGUGCGACCAGUAGCUUUGAUCCCCAGCUCAAUACCAGCUAACGUUCCGCAAAUACUUAUCAAUCGUGAGCAAUUGCAUCAUCUUGAAUUCGAUGUUGAAUUAUUGGGAGAUUCCGAUGUUAUUAUCAAUCAACUGUGUCAUCGUUUGGGUGACGAUUGGCAAGAAAUCUGCUAUGAUAAUAUUGUACUAAAAGAAUCGAAGGAACUUUUACCCUUGGAAGAGGAGGACACUAACGACGAAAGUGAAGAGUACGCCCAACAGAUGCUAGAUACAGACACGCAAUCAGUCAAAUCCAGCGCAUCCACAGAUAUAGCGCUACGCUCAGCAGGUGCCUAUUCAGACAGCGGAUUCGAAUCAUCCACAUCAUCUGGUAUGGUGCUAGCUAAACCCGUUGCCGCAGUGGCAAAUAGUGAGGCUAACGAAGCAAUUGAGAAAAUCAAAAGUACCAUAUUGGAACUGAAUCAUCCCUUAACGAAGACACGCGGUACAAAUGAUUUGGUCGGUGUAGAUUACUUAGAGGAUCCACAAGAUGCAGAGGAUUUCGAAAAUCGUUCAUUUCAACCGUUUAAUGCGCGCGUAAGUGAGCCACAUCAUCACACCGCAUACGGUAUGCAUGCGCGACAUUUAUCAGUGGACUCGUCAAAAGACAGCGGUAUUUUGGGCGAUUCAUCUAACCCGGCGCUGAUUUCGAACAAUAUCAUUGGCACACUACCGCCACCAAUAACAAAUUUCGGUGAUAGUGGUGGCACAACCACCUUGGAAGACAUAAACACCGCCACCACAACCUGCGCAGACAACACACUAACUACAACAACAAUAGACACAACGCCAGAGACAGCACAAGAAACGUCAAAUGAAUUAGAAAUCGAAAAUAAAACACCAAAUGUCGGUUUACGACGCAGCGCGGCCAAAAAAUACCGCACAGCAGCGGAGCGUUUACUUGCGGGUACAUACUAUGCACAUGAUACCGCUUCAGCUUAUGUAUUCCCCGGCGCACAAGUAUCAUGGUGGUCCGAUAUGGAGGACGAAGAUGAGGACACUGAUAUUAUCGGUAAUGUUUACGAUGAUGAGGAUGAGGAUGAUAUUGAUGCAAAUGGUGGACCAUUAUCGCCACUGUUGCCGCCAUCCGUGGAAGCAGAAGUCGUGAGUGAAAUAACAACAACAAGUGCAUUUGCAAUUUGCGCCAAACAAACGUUACCACAGGUUGUGUACAACAACCAUGUCACCCAUGAAAUGCACAGCAAUGAAGCUGCGGAAGUCCAAGCGAUUGCUCAUGCAGCUAAUACAACAGAAACAACAACAACAACGAUUUACGCCUGCAGCACAACAGAAAGCAGCACGUACAAGUGCGAAGGUGUGACAGUGCCACCAUCGCCCUCGCCAUCACCAUCACCACAAAAGAGAGCUUGUGAAUGCCCGCCAACACUUAGCAGCAGCAACAACAAGAGUUAUGCAAACGCCGCCACAAUCGAAAGUAGUCGAAGCAGUAAUGGCAGUGUUUGUAGUAGCAGUAAUAGUGAUAGUGAGAAAUGUGUAUUCAGUCCGCCACCCAUGAAACGUAAACGUUCAACGGAUGUUGAUACCGCUUUUGUGGUUGAUGAAGAACCAACUAAAGAUUUGGCUGCAAUUCUUACACCGGCAAGUGUUGGUGUGACCACAGAACAACAGCUGAGCGCUGCAAGCGCAGACAACACGCCGUCGCCAUUAUACGCAACAACAUUGCAGCAUUAAGUGUAUGUAUUUAUUUUGGUGUGUGUGUGUGACUUGUGUCGGAGCUUACACCGACCGACGCCACCGCCGCGCUUUGACUUCUACCAUACUUUUUUCGCAACUUUAUUUGAGUAUUGAGCUAAGAACGGGAAGCAAGCAGCAACAACAACAAUAACAAACAAAUGUUUGCAUAAAUUAAACUAAUUUAUUUUUUUUGCUAUAUUUUAAUAGAAUUGUAACUGUACAUAUAAAUAUAUGCAUUUGACACUUGUCUAAUUAAACAAAUAAGUUUUACGUAAAGCGCAUAUUA